AUGUACAAAUUUGGAGAUGAGGUGGACGGACUGAAAGACGUGUACGACUUCGGCGGUGCAGGCCAUAAUGAUGAGGCACCACCUAACAGAACAGACUCACCGGAAAGUCCAAGCCGCUUGGAAGACAUAAAGGUCCAUUCCGAUGAAGGGGAAGAAGACCAAACUGCGGACAACCAGGUCGAUUUUGGCGGGAGAGAAUCGAUCUUGGAGACCGCACCACAUCCUUCGGUUUUUGGACCCGAUUACCAACCCAAUCUUGGCAAUGGGGCUUCUUCCAAUUUCUCAUCUUCGGACGAUGCUGCUAAUAAAGACAAACGGAAAGGAGACCACAAAAAGUUCGUUGCAAAGGAGGUUCUAGGGCUGAACAAGAAAAGUACUAGUGGCAUGACACCAGAGGAAAAAAAACAAGCCUUACUUGAAGAGCGAUGGAUGAAAGCUAUGAGGGAAGAAAGACGUUUGAAUGAACUAGAAGCUCAGGUGUCAUACCGCAUAGAGAGGACAACCGAGGCGAAUUUGAUUCCCAACUUUCCUCCCAGGUUUUUGUGUAUUAAGCCUAUUGUACACCAUGACCUUGCAGUUGUUCCUGAAGUACGAAGAGGUUUUGUGCGACUCGCCUACAUGAAUUGGUUUGCUACCUGCAUACUGCUAAUCGUUAACAUGUGUGUUGCUAUUGGUGUGGUUUUUGCACCGUACCGAGAAGGUGCUGAAAAAAAGUUCAAGCCUGCGCAAAACACCGCUCUCGCAAUUGUAUAUCUGAUAGGUAUCCCUCUGGGUUUUAUUAUGUGGUACUGGCAGGUCUAUGGUGCCUGUUCAACAGGACGUCAUACCAAACAUUUGCUCAGUCUAUGUGGUUUGAUCGUGGCGUUCGCUUUUAGCGUCUUCAUGUUUGCGGGCCCUAUUGAUUGCGGUGCGUGCGGAAUUGCAUUGGCAUCAGAUAUAUCGAAGACAAAGCCGAAGGGUGUUGUGGUACCUGUUGUCGUGGUGCUUGUUCUGUGGGCUGCCGAGGCUGGCUUUCUGUGCUACUGUAUCGUUCGACAGUGGAAGUAUUAUCGUUUGGAUGUCAACGCACAACAGGAGGCUCGACGUCACAUGCAGAAUAUCAUCGGUGUGUAA